AUGUCAUUGUACAGGCUUCCGUUGUUAUACAUCAUCUACUUUGCCCUUCUUCUGUCGAUAUUAUCCAUGGUUUCGGCGGCUCUUCCGCCUGAAUUCGAAGCCAAUUACGAUCAAUCCAAUUUCUACGAACCAGAGGUAUGUUGGUUCAAGGAAACAUAAUGCCUAAUGUCCUCUAAUAUCAUCUCCAUCCGGUUCCUUGUCUGAUUUCAAGGGCAAUUCCCUCCACAUUUUACAAUUCAUUAUGUAUCAAGCAAUGUGACUAUUUGGGAGUUCCCGGGAAAAGAUGAGAGGAUAUCGUAUAUCCGCUCAUUCAAUGUGUAAAUCCGUCUGCAGUGAAAUUCAAAAUAUUUUUGUAGUCAAAAUAGGACUUGCAAGGCUUCGAAAACAAUAAGGAACAGGGGUAAGGAGAAUAUAAUAAAAGGUGGGAUAGACACUGAUAUCAUAAGCAUCACUUUUAGAAACUACAAUUCUAGGGUUUCCAAGCGAAAAAAAAUAUUUACACAUGCACUUACUGUGCGGUUUAUCAAAAAACUGCAUAGUGCAAAAGAAAAAAAUACAUUUUUGUUAAGCUUCCUGUAGCACAGUAGAAUUAAAAUUAACAACAUUAUAAUGUUGUUAAUAAAUUAUUAUAUAAUGCAUUAUAACACACCGAAAACAUUUGUUCUGGUUAUCGUCAUCGUUUUCGAUAUUACUUUUUAACAUUCAGACUCUAAUAUUUACUGUAAUUUUUUCCAGUUCCCUCCACUUUCCACGCAACUCGCGAUCUUUUUUAUCCACUACUUAAUCGUUUACACGCGUUUUGUCUCCAAAAAAUGACCUAAAACUGCGUACGGAUUAAAUUUUUACAUUUUCGGUCCACAAAUGCCACCGUCUUCGAAUCUAUAGUACUCUGACUCUUAUACGGACAUAAAAUUGUCUCUAAAUGAUUCCGGAAAUGGAUGUUUACCUGCGAUAUUACAAUUUACAUUAAAAAAGGGGCAGAACAAUGACCCGGAUUACUGUAACAUGCAAAAAUAAGAUUCCGGGAAUAGCUAAGAGGGAGUGGAGUCGCGUGUGGGAGUGAUGCUUAUUCGUUCCCGGAAUCCAUCACGUGCAGGUAUUCGGUAUUUUAAAUUCGAAUUUACAAACUUAUUAUACAAAGUUAUGAGCAUUUGGGCCACAAUCUCAUGGGUUACGGUGGAAUUUUUAGAAAACAAAGACCACUUAAAAUUUGCUUCAUAGUCCUUCUUUUCAAAAGGAUCUCUUCCACAUCAUCCCACUACAAUACUCUCGGAAUACAAUUCUUUUUUCUCAAACUAAAACAAUACAAAUUUAAUCUUUGGCAUUUCAGAUGCUGCGCUACCCCUUGCGCGUGGAAAGGCUGCUCCGUCGUUCAAAACCGUGGUAUUUGAAUAUCGCGGCUCGCUCAUGA